AUGUUGCAUCGACCCGGCAUUGGGACGGUAUGCCCACCUGCUUUGAUAAUUAUCCACUAUAGCAGGCUUGGGCAGGGGAAGCCCAUUGCCGGGUGGGAAAACAAGGGGUGGCAUGGGGGUCUAGCCACGACCGAAGCGGGAAAGACUCCAAUCAUUGACGAAACCAUAAAAAGCUUGACGAAUGGCCGAGGUCUACGCUUGAAGACUGGGGGUCGAAGUGUGGAUAGGUGGGUGCCAACGAACCUCCUGAAAUUCAUGAGGUAUUGCUGUGGAACAUGGGGCGCUUGUACCUGGGCCGAGACCCAAAUUGGAAUGGUUGGAGGGAUAGCGACGAAGUCGAACAGCCUUAAACAAGCUGGUUCUCCUGACAAGUCGGAGCCAAGACUGGGCGACGAGGGAGAUAGAGUAGCUGAGCCACCAUCUACCGGUGAACACUACAUACCAUAUAGAUGA